UCACUCUGUUUUCUCUGGUAAGGGUCGAGCGCGUGCCGGACAGUGGCCGCUCCCUGCUCGCGGACCCAGGAGAACACUUGGUUCGGUAAGCAGAACCGGACCGGGCCGGAGACAGGAUGAGUGACCCGGUAAGGAUCUGUGUGUCCAGCACGACCUCCCUCAGCAGCCCGGCUCCUGCCCCUGCUCCUGCCCCGGGCUCGGACACCUAUAAAGGCUGGCUCUUUAAAUGGACUAACUAUCUGAAAGGGUACCAGCGGAGGUGGUUCGUCCUCAGUAACGGACUGCUGUCUUAUUACAGGACGCAGGCGGAGAUGGCUCACACGUGUCGCGGCACCAUUAACCUGGCCACGGCUCACAUCGACACAGAGGACGCGUGUAACAUCGUGCUGAGCAGCGGGGGGCGCACUUACCACCUGAAAGCUGGCACGGAGGUGGAGAGGCAGAAAUGGGUGACAGCGCUGGAGCUGGCCAAAGCCAAAGCCAUCCGCAUGAUGAACGAUCAGUCAGAUGACUCGGGGGAAGAAGAGCCCACGUCUCGCUCAGACCGCAGUGAGCUGCAGGGGGCGCUGAAGACAUUGGCGAGUAAGCUGGAUGAUCUGUGUACGUGUAAUGAUCUGAUCGCGAAGCACGGUGCGGCCCUGCAGCGUUCCCUCAGCGAGCUCGAGGCUCUGCGCGUCCCGGUGGAGGGCAGCGAGAAGAUCAAAGCCGUCAACGAGAGAGCCACGCUCUUCCGCAUCACCUCCAAUGCUAUGAUCAACGCAUGCCGUGAUUUCCUGGAGCUGGCCGAGAGCCACAGCCGCAGAUGGCAGCGAGUCUUGCAGCAUGAGCGAGAACAGCGCACCCACCUGGAGGAGACGAUAGAGCAACUGGCCAAGCAGCACAACAGCCUGGAGAGAGCGUGGAGGGAGGCGCCGACACACACCUCCAACACACCCGACACCACCUCCACACACACCGGAGUGAGUGAGAGGUCCCGUAAAGAGGAAGCGAGUGAUGAUGAGGAUACGGAAUAUUUUGAUGCCAUGGAGGAUUCGCCCGCUUUCAUCACCGUGACGGCUACAGACAUCUCUCAGCACAGGCGUUCUCAGAGUAAUCUCAGCGGUGCCAGCGGUGGGCAGCCCAGUGACUGGAACCUGGAGCAGCAUUCGUCUCCGAGCUGUAAUGAUUUAUCAGGGAGGGAGGUGCAGACACGCAGGAGGAGGCGGAGCCGAAUCCCAGACAAGCCUAACUAUUCACUUAACCUGUGGAGCAUCAUGAAGAACUGCAUCGGCAAAGAGCUCUCCAAGAUCCCCAUGCCUGUGAACUUUAACGAGCCCCUCUCCAUGCUGCAGCGGCUGACGGAGGAUCUAGAGUAUAGUGAGCUGUUGGAUAAAGCGGCUCAUUGUGAGAAUUCUCUCGAGCAGAUGUGUUUGGUGGCUGCCUUCUCCGUUUCAUCCUAUUCCACCACCGUCCACCGCACGGCUAAACCCUUCAACCCCCUUCUGGGGGAAACGUACGAGCUCGACCGACUUGAUGACUGCGGCUACCGCUCACUCUGCGAGCAGGUUAGUCAUCAUCCUCCAGCUGCGGCGCAUCACGUCAUCUCACAGCGAGGCUGGACUCUGUGGCAGGAAAUCACCAUUGCUAGCAAGUUCCGUGGCAAAUACCUGUCCAUCAUGCCCCUGGGUUCCAUCCACCUGCAGUUCCAUGCGAGCGGGAACCACUACGUGUGGCGUAAGGUGACCUCGACCGUGCACAACAUCAUCGUGGGCAAACUGUGGAUUGACCAGUCGGGGGACAUCGACAUCGUGAACCACAGAACCAAAGAGACGUGUCAGCUCAAGUUCUCUCCGUACAGCUACUUUUCCAGGGAAGUUCCACGCAAGGUGACGGGCGUGGUGUCGGACAGUGAAGGACAGGCGCACUACAUCCUGUCAGGAACGUGGGAUGACCGAAUGGAGAGCGCUAAGAUUGUUCAGAGCAGCCGCGGCAGCAGCAGUGCAGAGGGCAAACAGAAGACUGUGUACCAAACACUCACACCCCGACUACUGUGGAAGAAAUACCCACUACCCGAGAACGCAGAGAACAUGUACUUCUUCUCAUCGCUGGCUCUCACACUGAAUGAGGAGGAGGACAGCGUGUGUGUGACGGACAGCCGCCUGCGUCCGGACCAGCGUCUGAUGGAGGAGGGACGAUGGGACGAAGCGAACAUGGAGAAACAGAGACUGGAGGAGAAACAGAGAGCUGUGAGGAGGAGGAGAGAGGCCGAGGUGUCCGACGCCAUGGACCAAGAGUGUGAGCUUGACUCUGGUCACGAGUACGAGGGCUACAAGCCUGUCUGGUUCCAUCAGAGGACGGACCCGGUGAGCGGGGAGACGAGCUUCGUGUAUAAAGGGGGUUACUGGGAGGCCAAAGAGAAACGAGACUGGAGCUUGUGUCCGGAUAUUUUCUGAAUGGAGACGGAAUUGAGGACAGGACGUCCUGUAACGGACUCACGGAGGAUCUGGGACACACAUCCCCGCCUCACUAAGAGAACCGAGAUGAUCACAUGGGCUCUCAAUAGAGGGAGGGACAUCUGAUCUCUCUCCUGUAUUUGCCUAAAAGCUCAGUGUGUGUGUGUGUGUGUAAAAGAGAAGAAAGGGACUUGAACUUUGACCCCUUAAUUCUUCCAAAUGAAAUCAGGUGUUCUUUCUUCAGAUUAAAAAAAAAAAACCAAGAACAAAGAAGAAGCGCCUUUCUGAGUGCACUCCCGUCACUCCCUACGCCUCGUGAGGAUGCGUCUCAUGUCACACCUCUCCGUCCCAGAAGGUGGAGAAAGACCUCGCUUUAUUUCCUCUCCUAUCAGCUUCACAAUGUGCACUCAUUAAUACUUCCAUAUCAUUAUAUCGUAAUGGACAGUGGGUGGAGAUUCAGGUCAGUAACCCUCUGUUAUGGCCACCAAUGAGCUGUGUUUUACCCAUCACGAGCUCCACCCACUCUGAUUAAGAUUAAAGCAGGGAUAUGCACAUCAACGAAUAUCUUAAAUGCUAAACAAAAAGCUUCCUGAAGUGUCGAGAGCGUUGUCUGUCGCUCAGUGACGCACUGCAGAUCUCAUAUCAAACUCAUAUUUAACUCCUGAGCUAUUAAACAGUUAAAGGAAUAGUUUGGGGAAGAUUUGUACUCUGGAUUAGUCUGUAAGAUUAACGCGACGCUAAUAAUUAAUGCGUGAAAAAUUGUCUCCCAGAAUCUUACAAAAUUCAAAUUCUGAGCUCCAUUUGGAUUAAACAGAUUUGUAAAAAAUCACCACGAAUCUGUAUUUACGCUGAACGUGGAGCUUUACUGCUACUUGGUCAUACCGAGAUGGCCGCUCCCAUGGUAUUUCAGCGUUUCUUUCCUGUUUAUAGAUGACAGGAAGUGAAGUGCCCGAUUGAUCGUAAGGUCAGGGAGCGAAUUCGCUUCUAAUGCGAACUGGGAAAGAAUUUCAAAACGAGCCAGGUGUAGAAUUUCACCACAGAUUACAUCAUAACUAAUCGUGUGUAAAGUCACGGAUCGUACGUUGACGUAUUUCGUCACCAGCCAAUCAGAAACACGAUCUGAUAUAAACAGGAAGUACAGCAUCCCCGGUGUAGUGUAACCCCUGAGAUUUGGGGAAGCUGUUGAACUGUUGUGCAAAAACAUUUUAGUAACGAACCAAAAACGAGAGAACGAUGAAACUUGAUCUGCAUUUGAAUAACAACAGUGAAGCAGCUUCGUUAGCAUUAAUGCUUUUUCAUUUUGUUUACGUCAUGUUGGUGAUCACAGACCACUAAAUACUUUUAUGCAUAAAUAAAUUAGCUCUUUAAAGUCUUUCUGAAAUAAAAGCUAAAAUAAAUCCGUAUAUAUUUGGUAAACACGCCCCCUAUUUAGUUUGAACAGAAUUAGCGAGUCUUUGUUUACACUGUCAGGUUUUAGGUUACAUUCUAAGGCUACGCUAAAGCAGUCAUUUGGUGCAACCGUUCGUUUUUAAGUGAAUUUGAACGUUGUGGAUAUUCAUGUUCGAACUCUGUUACAUUACUAUAGAGUUUCUGAUUUACUGCAGGAUAGACUUCUGUUAUUGUUCACUGCAAGAAAAUGUUUAGGAAAAAAAACUGCGUAGAUAUGAAUUUCUUCCUCUAAACUAUUCCUUUAAACAGAGUGCAGAUGAUCAGCAAGAACUUUUUUUUUUUUAAAUAAUAGUCUCAAGGGAAAUCUUUUUAGCUUUAGGAAUUGCUAAUAAAAUAUCCAUGAGAUUUUGAAGAAUGUGUGCUUUCAGUGUUAAAUUAAAGCACACGUGAGUUAGCGUUGCCCUGGUUCCUCUGGAAGACCUGUAGAAAUCCUCCAAGCCUAACGAAGGAGAAGCAGUAUUCCCGUUGAUGGCGUAUCGAUGUCCUGGCCUUGUCCGUCUUAUCAGACUGAAUCUCUGUGGUCUUAAACGUUAAAGUCUCAAAAAACAGUUGGCUCCAACGCACCGUUCACCGUUUUCUUAACGCUGUUGAGAAUGUAGAGUCUAGAGCACAGGUUAUGGUGUUUCCUGUCCAGAGUUUGGUGUUUAUUUUUUAUGAUAACGAAGAAGAAGAUAGAUGAUAACCUGAAUAAUAAACGACAAUAAUAACAAUAUGAUUAUUAUUAAUAUAAAGAAGAUCCGAGUGAGUAAUGAAGCAACUCUAACAGAAAUCUUUACUGUAAAUGUGUCUUAUAAUCGGAGAUGAUCAAAGCUCGGCUGAAGGUUUUAAUUUUUGAUGAGCUUCUGUGGUUUGAUUUGAAUUUUAAUAUUUUGUAUUAAAAGAGAUUUUUGCUCACACA